AUGGCCUCCAUCACCAGACCGGCUAUGCCCCCCGUGGCGCUGGACUCCAUCACCCAGCAUAUCGGCAACACGCCGCUGGUGCGCCUCAACCGCCUGCCCCGCAGUCUGGGCAUCGAGGCCACCGUCUACGCUAAGCUGGAGUAUUUCAACGCUGGUGGCAGCGUCAAGGACCGGAUUGCCCUGCGCAUGAUUGAGGAGGCUGAGCGUUCAGGUCGCAUCAAGCCGGGCGACACCUUGAUUGAGCCGACCAGCGGGAACACUGGUAUUGGACUGGCGCUGGUGGGCGCGGUCAAGGGCUACAAGAUAAUCAUCACCCUGCCCGAAAAGAUGUCCGCGGAAAAAGUCGCCGUACUCCGUGCCUUGAAUGCAACCAUCAUCCGAACCCCCAACGAGGCCGCCUACGAUUCCCCCGAGUCCCAUAUCGGUGUCGCAAAGCGUCUCCAGAAGGAACUCCCGAAUGCCCACAUUUUGGACCAGUACGGCAACGAGAACAACCCAUUGGCCCAUGAGUAUGGCACUGCCGAAGAGAUCUGGGAACAGACCAAAGGUCAGAUCAACGCGGUUGUCGCCGGCGCAGGCACGGGUGGUACCAUCACCGGUCUUUCCCGAGGCUUGAAGAAGCAUAACCCAGCUGUGAGUGUAAUUGCGGCCGACCCCUUCGGAUCGAUUCUGGCCCUGCCCGCUGCUCUGAAUGACCUGCAUGCCAAUGAACCCUACAAAGUGGAAGGCAUUGGGUACGACUUCAUCCCCGAGGUGUUGGACCAAAAGGCCGUCGAUCAGUGGUACAAGACCGGAGACAAGGAGUCCUUCCAGUACUCGCGGCGGCUCAUCGCCGAGGAAGGUUUGCUGGUGGGUGGCAGCAGUGGCAGUGCCAUCGCCGCGUUGGUCAAGGCCAACGAGGAGCACAAGUUCUCCCAGGAUGAUGUGGUCGUGGUGAUUCUUCCCGACAGCAUUCGCAGCUAUCUCACCAAGUUUGCCGACGAUGACUGGCUGGCUGCCAACGAUCUUCUUUCUACGGCCUCUAGCGGAGCCGCUACGGCCAUGCAGAAGGAGCAGCCGCAGCCCCCGAAGGACCCGCUGGCCGGGGCCAAGGUCAGCGCCCUGCGGUUGAAACCGGUCACCACCGUGCGGACGAACUUUGCAUGCGGGGCCGCAAUCGAGAUCAUGCGGGAGAAGGGCUUCGACCAGCUUCCCGUCCUGGCGCCCUCCGGCCGCAAACUCGUGGGCCUGAUCACGCUGGGCAACGUCCUCAGCCGACUAACUCAUGGACGGGCGACGGGAGAGAGUCCCGUGUCGGAAGUCAUGUUUGACUUCUCCAAGAUUCCCGAGAUCGUGACGGACCCACGCGAUCUAGGAGUAAAGCAGAAUGGCCACGCCAACGGAAAGACGGACACGUUGCGGCCGCAAAUCAAGGACCGUCAUUUUGUGGAAAUCACCAUGGACACCCCGCUCAGUGUGCUCAACCGCUUCUUUGAGUGGAAUAGUGCCGCGGUGGUGACGGAGCGAGACGACAGUGGCGCAAUGAAGCCAAUGGCGGUGGUGACCAAAGUCGACCUGCUCACUUGGAUGCUGCAUCACGGCAAAUCUCAAUAA